GCUGGAUAAUGUGCGAUUCAAUGCGCACACUGACUUUAAGCCUUAAGCACUUGUUUAAACUUGUUCGGCAUCCACCUCUGUCAUACAAGAUGAGAACGGGUCUUCCCAUUAUCCUCUUUGUUGCAGUGGCAGGUUUCCACAAUGUGAUUUCAGUGUCUCUGGAAUCUGACGAAAGUAAUGAAUCAUCCGAAGAGAGAGAGUAUGCAGAGAACAGCACACCACAGACCACAGGUAUAACAUAAUCGGUCAUAUAAUAUUUCCACAGAUGAGUCGCAGUAUGCAGCUGCACACGUGAAAGACGAUCUCAUAAAAACGACUCUUAUGGGUAUCCCAGCAGAUGGUGAAACAAAGGCAGUAUCAAAUGAUACAGAUGAGUAUGCAGCUGCUCACGUGAAAGAUGGUGAAACAGAAGCAGGAUCAGAAAAUACAGAGGACAGAAAUGAUGAAGACUCAAAAGAGUCAAAGGUGCUUGAGAAGGAAGAUGAUGAUGGUGAGACUGGAGCACUAACAAACAAUACAGAAGCGAACACAGGAAGUGACGAUGAUGUUGAAGCAGACGCUGAGAAAGACAAUGACAACUCUGAUGAUACUAGCAUUUAUUAAUAGAAGAGUGUCUGUGUGGAGUCUGUAAUAUCUUUAAACCUAAAUGCCUUGUUUUAUGAAGCAUGUUUCUAACCCAUACACCACCUCGGCAAAACCUCUGUGUAUCAUGUACCUUUCACACAAAGCCACUUUCUCUUGAAGACUGUAAGCACUGCUGGUGCAGGUAUAAAUGUUAGCCUGCAGGUGGCUGUAAUAACAGAUGAAGAGCAGCAGAUGUAGGCCGGUUAUCCAGGCCAGCGCCGUCUACUGUCCUUAGGUGCUCGUUUGAGCUUUAUUUAUAUCAUCUGCAUUGUCCCGGCUUAUUUUAGGACCAAAGAUGCCAUGUUAUACAGCCUGAUGAAGGCGAGCUGUUUUAUGGCAGAUUACAAAGCUGAGGAAUUUCAUUCUAAGGGUUUAAAUGUUGAUAUUUCUCUAUGUUCUGUGUUGCUAAAUGCAUCUUAUGUCUGGUGUAAUUCUUUUAAUGGUCAAAUAAAACAGCCAAAACCUAAAA